CCUCCUCACUCCACUCCACUCGUUUCUUUCGCUUCCGGCGGCAAAACCCCCGAACCAGAUAAGGCCUGCCGCCGUGCCCGUGCCCGUGCCCGUGCCCGACCACCGCCGGCCAUGGUCGGCGUCGCCGCAGGCUUCGCCCUCGCGCCGGCUGUGUCCCGCGUGCCUUGCCGUCCCGGCGCUGCCUUCCACGCCCCGGGCCCCUCCUCGUCGGCGCGGUUCCCGGCGAGGCCGUGGGCGCGGGCGCCGCCGGCGAGGCUCGUGGUGGUCGCGCGGUACUCGCCCUCGUAUGAGGGCGAGGAGGAGGAGGAGGAGGAUGAGGAAGGCCUCGGCGGCGGCGGGGGCUGGGGGAGAAGGGACCGCGGGCCCGACCCUGACUACGACCCCGCCCUUGACAUUGAACGCAUCGAGUCAUCGACUGUAAGGCUCUUGGAUGAACAGAAAAGAAUGGUUGGUGUAGUAUCUGUAAGUGAGGCAGUUAAAAUUGCAGACGAUAACGAUCUUAUACUGGCAAUAUUAUCAUUAGAUGGAGAUCCCCCAGUACUUCGACUCUUUGAGGAGAGAGAUUACAAAAAACAUAGGUAUGAACAACAGAAGAAGAAAAAGAUUCAGCAGAAGAGAUCUGUCGCGAAACGCAUGGGCUUGAAGGAGUUGAAAAUGGGAUACAACAUUGACAUCCAUGAUUACAGCGUGAGGCUUAAAGCUGCAAAAAAGUUUCUUAAAGCUGGAGACAAGGUUAAGAUAAUUGUGAACUUGAAAGGACGGGAAAACUUGUAUAAAAAAGAAGCUAUCGAACUUCUUAGAAGAUUCCAAAAUGAUGUUGGUGAGCUAGCGACAGAAGAAAGUAAAAAUUUCGCGGAGAGGAAUAUAUAUUUGGUUCUAGUUCCCAAUAAGAUAGCUAUACAGAAAGAACAGGAUGAAUUGAACAAAAAGGGUACCGUGAAAGAAGAGAGAGACCAAUCAGACAGUGAUGAACCAGAAGAGGACAGUGAUGAACCUCUGACACAACUGCUGGAGGAAAGUAUGGAGCCUGAGGCAGAAGUCUCAGCAAAUGUUUGAUUUGAACUCUAAAGGCCAAGGUGCCUUGCUCAGAUUGAAACAGUAUCACGCAGGUACAGUUGCUGUAGAAUUGCAGUUCUCGUAAAUACAAGGCUGGUGCUGUUGUAGAACAAUUAUUAUCUGUUAAACUUCAUCUGCACAGGCAAUUUGUUAGGCGCCAAGGCGUCUGACAAAUAAGGCUUGAUGGUGUCCUCCAAAGGUCCAACAUAUUAGCAUUGAAGGAUGAUACCUGGCCACCAGGGAACUAGAAAUCCCCACGCCUUGCACAAAUGGAUUGCGACAAAGAGGUUGGAUCUGGAACCAAUAAUAAAGUAAUUGAUAGCAAAGACAUUUUGAUACUAUCGCCAAGCGCGGUGGGCUUGCAGUUGGCACUUAUUUUUUGUUUUUGCCUCAUUCCAAUCGUUUUUUUUUUCUUUAACUUCUUGUAGAGGAGAAAGCCGAAAUGUAUCUAUUUGACAAGUACACAUGUUAUUGCGAGUUUUAGACCUUCGCCUGUAAGAGGCUAGCAUGUGUUCUGGAAGAGUUGUCUGUAUAAAAAAAAGUUUAUCUUUCUUUUACCACC